UAAAUUUCCUCGUGUUUUUCCGACUGCUCGGUGCCUUAUUGAUUAGAUAACGCCCUCGCGAGUCGAAAUUCGCUCGUAAUUUUUUCUCUCAGUUGCAAAACUCAAGUCCAUUCGGUUACCACCUAUUAUUUUGGGCGUUGAAAAAAAAUCGUCUACUUUUUGUUUUCCCCAUAAGUUUUUCCUCAUCAUUCAUUUUCAUUAUGGCUUCUGUAAUUUAUUUAUUAUUUUUGAUCCUUUUAGUGAUCAUUUCGAUUUUAGUCGGUUUCGUUUAUAUGUUGUCGACGGAAAUGCCAGAUUUGGGUACUGUGUUUCGAACGUUAGGGCGGGAUGUUAAAGGGGCAUAUCUCUAUUUCAAGAUACUGUACUUCUGUAAAAAAUGCCACAUCUUCGAUAAAACAGCGCUCGAUCACUUCCGACAGAAUUGUACAAACGAAAAGUACAAACACAGGACUCUCUUCAUUUUCCAAGAUGAGAAGUGGACUUUUCAGAUGGUUGAUGAGCUCAGCAACAAAAUUGCAAAUUAUUUCCUCUCCAUUGGAUUCACCAAAGGAGACGAGGCUGCAUUGCUGUUGGAAAACUGUCCAGAAUUUGUCUGCAUUUGGCUGGGACUCGCCAAAAUUGGCGUCGUAACUGCAUUAAUCAACACAAAUUUGAAAGGAGACUCUCUGGGGCAUUCAGUAACCUGCAUAAAUGCUAAAGCUCUUAUAUUUGGACGCAGUUUCGCAGAUGUGGUGAAUGACGCAAUGCCUUUUUUGAAAAAGAACGAAAAUAUGGAUUUUUACUGUUUCACCGAACAAGGAGCCUCAUCAGAAAUUAUUGUUCCAUUCCCUGCGAAAUCCUUAAAUGCUGCUCUGGAAGAAGCCUCCUCACAGCCCAUUGAUCCCCAAAAGCACAAAGUUGGUUUUCAAGAUAAACUCAUGUAUAUUUACACAUCUGGAACAACUGGCUUGCCUAAAGCGGCUAUCAUUCGCCACAGUAGAUUCUUAUGGAUGGGUUCUGCGGCUCACUAUCUCGGUCGGUUGAACGAUUCUGAAGUAGUUUACAAUCCUCUUCCAUUGUAUCAUUCGGCUGGAGGUAUUCUAUUUAUGUCUGCUAUAAUCAUAUUCGGAGGAUCUAUGAUUCUAAGGAAAAAGUUCUCAGCAUCGAAUUAUUGGAAAGAAGCUGCGAAAUAUAAAGCAACGGUUGGUCAGUACAUUGGAGAAAUCUGCCGCUAUCUUCUGAAUCAACCUAUUAGGGAAGAAGAAACACAGCAUUGCAUUAAACUCAUGUUCGGAAACGGACUCAGAUCUCAUAUAUGGAAGGAAUUUCAGGACCGAUUUCGAAUCAAUAAUAUCAUUGAAAUUUAUGGAGCGACGGAAGGAAAUGCUAAUUUAGUAAAUAUGUUUGGAAAAGUUGGUGCUGUUGGAUUUCUGCCUAGAUAUGUCGACAAAUUAUAUCCUGUAUCACUUAUCAAAGUCGAUCCGGAAACACAUGAAACUCUACGGGAUGAAAAUGGUCUCUGCAUUCGAUGCAAACCAGGUGAACCCGGAGAAAUGGUUGGGAAAAUCACCAGCAAUGCUGUCAGCGCUUUUGACGGCUACGCUAAUAAAAAUGAUACCAAGAAGAAAAUCAUUCAUAAUUGCUUUGAAAAGGGAGACACGGCAUUUCUUUCAGGUGAUAUCUUAGUCAUGGAUGAACUUGGCUAUCUGUAUUUCGUGGAUCGCAUUGGAGACACCUUUCGAUGGCGUGGAGAAAAUGUGUCCACCGGAGAAGUGGAAAAUGUCCUUAGUACGGCUUUGGGACAUGUAUCCUGCGUGGUUUACGGUGUGGAAAUUCCAAAUAUAGAAGGCAAGGCCGGAAUGGGAGCUGUUCAAGUAGAUUAUAAAAGCAUCAACUUCUCUGAACUGUAUCAAAAUUUAAACAAAAGACUUCCUCCUUUUGCAAUUCCAUUAUUUCUCAGGACCUUUGAAGAAAUGGAGGAGACUGGAACAUACAAGCUGAGGAAAGUAACUUACCAGAAAGAAGGAUUCAACCCGGAAGAAAUCCAGGAUCCACUGUUUUUUCUGGAUCCUAAGCAAAAGACUUACAUUCCUCUUACCAAGGACUUGUAUAAUGACAUUGUGACUGGGAAAUAUAAGUUAUAACAAGAAAUAAUUUAACUAGUCACAGAAUUUAGACAUUUUAUGAAUUCAUGAAUAUUAUUAUGUGAAGCAAAGAAAUUUCAUAAGUUGUGAAUGACAAAACUGCAUUGCUGUGAUUUUUACGUUUCAUAUUAUUAAUUUCAACCAUUUGUAAAUCGUGGAUCAUGGUGUGUUGUGCUAGUUUACAAUGAUUAAAUUAAAAAGAAAUGGCUUAAAUUUGACCGCGAAGUGAAAUUCAUAGCUUAUCUUAAAUAUACUAAGAGAGAGAAAUCAAUUAAUCGAAAAGCAAGCUAAAAUGAGUUUGUGCUAUAUAAUGCCAAAGGCUUACCUGUAUGUGCCAAUUUUGCGUUCAAAAUAUAAACAGAUUGUAGUCAAAGAUACUCGAUUAGUUUUUAUGGCAGAAGUCGAUGCAAAUGUGGAUUAUUAAUCAAAUAAAGCUAUAUCUUUUGAAUUUUGAAACAUAAUUAUCAAUGGUGCUGUUACAUGAAAUACUGUGCUGACAGACAGAGUAAUAACUCAACAACAACAAAGUAAAAGUUAAUCAAUUAUGGUUUAAUAUGAUUUUGAGAAUUGAUCUUAAAAUUUAGAUUUAAAAAGAAAUAUUCAUGUUCCAAAAACUUUAAAUUAUAACUCAAAGGACCAAUGUUUUUGUAUUAAGUUUUGAGAAUUAAAUUUUUUUUUUUUGUCAUUUCCAGAAAACUAUUCAUAGGAAUAACAUCCAAUAAACUAUUGAAAACCUACUGAGGCAACAUACUUUAUUUCAUACUCUUGAAAAGUCAUAUUUAUGUUUGUUCAAAUAAAGUUAUUAUUCUGGGCAGCUUAAGAUUAUAAUAAUUUGAAAGUAAUCAGAUGUAUAACUAUAUCAAGAUAAAUAAUAAUGUAUGUCUUAUGUAACUAAUUUAUAUGAAUUCAGUUGAUGUUUUCAUAGUCUUGAUCAAUAUAUUAGUAAUAAUAAAUAAAUUUAAUAAAAUUUUGACCAACAAUGACUUUAUUCCGCGGUAUUAUUUUAUAACAAAAGCAUGUAUGACAUCUUUGUUCUGUGGAAUCAUUAGAAACUAUUUAUGUCUGACAGUCAAAUGUUUUAUGGUAAUUGUUGUAUGAACGGUAACUGCCUAUAACUUUUGUAAAAUAUUUUGUAAGUGUUUUAUCAUACAAAGAAGUCAUUUUUAGAAUGGACCACUUACAAUUGCUCUAUGUGAUAAUCAAUUUCAGACAAUCUAAGAUUAAAAUUUUCAUAUUGUUUAUUAACAUACAAUGUACAAGUCUUCCAGAAAUAAAAUUCAUAUUUUUUUAUAUUCACCAAUGUACAAGUCUUCCAGAAAUAAAAUUCAUAUUUUUUUAUAUUCA